UACAAAUAUGACACACUUUCAAUAAAUAUUAAUGUUUCUACGGAUGAAAUGUUCCUUUAAGACUGUUGCAAGUGUUUCACAAUGGAUUAAGUAAGAAAAAGGAAGGAACUGAGAUCAGCAGCUUUUAUAGCUUUCAGCUAUUAGACUGAAAACCUUACAAAUCACUGCUGCAACUUGAAGUCAGACAACUCCACAACAAUAUAUACUUGAAAUGAUGAACUCCAGACUCUCAUCUCUGAUCCUGCUGUUACACAUUCAAGGGUCCCUAGCAUUGAACAGCUUUACUGUGACCUGUGAUAAAACAAAUAUUUGUGCUGUGAGAGGGACACAGGUGACAGUGAGGUGCUCUUCCUCAAACAUCAACAUCAAAACUGGAUUCUGGUUCAGCCAGAAACAGAAAACAAACUGGAGAAACAAAGAUGAACCUGAAGAUUUGACUUUAGAUUCAGAUUACUCAGGACGAGUGAAACAGGAGAUCAAUGAAGAUUACAUAAAACUCACAAUAGAUGAUCUGAUAGAGAGAGACAGUGGAGAAUAUCAGCUCAUGAUCAUUAUGAAGGAUGGAGUUAAACAUCUCAGCUCAGUCACAGUCAAUCUAACAGUCACAGUUUUACAGGUGAAGGUGAAUCCUGAACCUACAGAUGAAGUAAAACUGAGCUGUGAUUCUUCCUGCAAUCUGACAUCUGAAAAUAGUUACUUCUGGUACAAGAAUGGAAAAUAUUUUUCAGUUAGCAGUUUAAACUUCAUAUUUGUGUCAUCCAGUGGAAACCCUGACAGCUAUUACUGCUCUACGUUUGGCAAUCCCUCUUCAUCUGUGUGUCUUUCUAACAGUAGCUGUUGGGGUGUGACUUACACCUCUACAAGAGUUUGUGCUUUAGUGGGAUCAACAGUAGAUAUUCACUCUUCAUACUCACAUCCCACUGGAGAUACAGUAAAGAAAACAUACUGGGGUUUAGGGAAGAUUUGGGAUCUCCGUGAGAAGCAUCAGUUUGCUGGUCGUGUGGAGUUUGUUGGAAACACACUGAGAAUCAAAGACGUCAACACGAGUGACUUUGGUCAAUAUGUAUUCAGGAUCAUCACUAACACAUCAGAUGGAUUUUCUGGUUUUCCUGGGGUCUUUCUUACUGUUACAGGUACACAGGUGACGACGAGCCCAAACCCUGUGAUAGAUGGAGAAAAAGUGAUAUUAAGCUGUUCAACUGAAUGCACUCUGGAUAGCAAACAUACUUACAUCUGGUAUAAGAAUGGACAACAGGUAACAGAUGGAUUGAGAUUAUUAAACAAGCUGUACCUGAACUCAAUCAACAGUGAGGAGCUACAAGAGUAUUCAUGUACUGUAAGAGAAACAAUGGACAAAACCAAUGAAACGUAUGACAGCUCAGUGUUUGGUCAUCACACAGUCUGUCUGCUGGUGUUUCUGCCUCAGUUUCUCAUUUUAGGAGCUCUGUGGAUGUGGUUUUUCAUCAGCAUGAACAAAUUAAAAUCUAAAAACAGAACUGAUGACAAACAUGAAGAGACUCAAGUGGUGCACAUGUCUGUGAUCAGCUGAACUGCUGGAGUGAUGUCACAACUCUCUAUGACAUUAUAACCUAAUCACUAAUUUCAAAAACUAAUACACACUUAUACACCAAAGGAAAUGUAAAAACGUAAAUCGGACAAUAGGUACGCUUUAAAUUAAAUUGCAUACUUCCUUUUGCUGUACUUCUUGUUCAAGAAUAGAAGAUCAAAUCUUCAUAAAGAUUAAUCUCGAUCAUCUUUGCAUUUUGAUCAGAAAUUUACAAUGUUUUUGCAAGAUUUAGUCCCCUCCUAUAUUUCAAAGUAGUAAUAAGUACUGAAACCCAUGUAAGAGAUUAGCAGAUUUUGAAGAGCAAUCUGAAAUUCAAUAUCAGUCUGAUAGUGAAGAUGUAAUCGAGUAGAUUGCAGUAUCAUUUGAAUAAAGAUGCGUCAUAGUGAAGUUUUUACAGGAUUUAGUCAUUAUUAUGUUACUGUAUGUAACAUCAGUGCAUCAAUGAUAUCGCUGUUGAGAGAUUAGGUUAUUAUGUCACUAACAACACGAAAGGGUAGUAAAUUUGAACAAUGCAUAAGAGUUAACCCUCUGGGGUCCGACCAAUUUUGGACACUGCCAGAGGUUGUGACAUGCUCUUACAUUUGGUCUUUUUUCAGUUGCUUUAAACAUAAUAAUGGCAAGUGUCUCAUAACACUGCGUUCAGCACAAACUGGGCUACAAUAUUAUAUGAGCUACAUGUAUGUACAUGUUUGUAUUUUUGAGAGAAUAAUGUUUAUGCAUGGUUUUUAAAAGGCAACAUUUUUAAGUCACUGAUAUAAGUCCACAAAACCCAUACUAAACAUGUUUUAACAAGACUUUUCUGAACAGAAUCUAGUAGUCUAGAGUUUUUUCUUUAAAAUGAUGUGAAAAUCAUUCUGCCUACUCAUUCACAUAAAACAAUAUAUUGAUUUAGAAAUUGUAAGACACUUUUUGUUUAAAGGGGCCGUAUGCGAGAAGGAUUGAUUGACAGCUGAACAAACAAAUGACUUGCAUAAUGAGCUGCAUAAUGAGCCUUUAAUCAGAAAUGUGAGAGGGAACUACAGUAAAAAAUGUCAGGACAAAACAAAUGUAUACAUGUUUGUUUGUGGUUUAUUAAGAAGUUAACAAUAGAAUCAAAAUAGAAAUGAAGGUCAGUGGGACAUUUCCAGUUUAUUUGGAAACAAACCCUAUUCAAAAACGUAACUUGUAUAAACUAAGAAACUGAUACAUACAGAGCUUUAAACUUUAUGUGGCUCAUGUUACCAUAUAACUUUAUGUCCAAAAAGUGUGAAUAUGUUUUUCCACUUCAUAGUUUUGUACUGAUGAGGGAUGCAGACCUGUAAGAGAGUUAUGAACAGCUGUUAGCAUAAAUUGUCCACAGAAAUACCCUUACAUACAUAACUGAUGGGUAAAUGAUAGCACUUCAUUCAGAUAAACUAUCAUGUACAUAAACUAAAUUCAGAACAUCUCAGAUAAACAUCUGCACAAAUUAAAGAAGACCCUUUACAGUUUCAAAUGAUGUCAAACACGUAAGUGUAUGAUUAUUAAUGAUGGAGUAUUUUAAGUUGAUUCUGCUAUGAUAAGGAGAAAACACAUCAAAACGCUGUGCCGCGUUUUUGGACCCCAGGGGGUUAAGCACAAAAAACUGACAUAUUUUGUGCAGAAUUGUAUUCAUUGUCUUUUGGCAAUGUUGGAGGUGGAGAUUGUGAGACCUUAAAGUGUGUUCCCUGUUGUAAUUGCAAUAAUUAAACAACUGGAUUCUUUCAAGUGUGUUUUUCCAAUGUUUUAAUAAAGAAUUUGUGCA